AUGCAGAAAGCCAAAACCUGGACGUCGAUUCCGCUCAGCCUAGCCAUAGAUACACCGAACCAAACCAGCAAACCAACUCAGAAGACUUCGCCACCCAACACCCCACCCAGCAGGGCCGCUUUGCCCAUCCAGUUAGACCGGACGGGAUAUUCAACACUAACUGACUCUAGUUACGUUGGAGAGGAUGAUGAGCCCCUCGUGGCCGUCAUAGGAUGCGGAUAUGUCGGCGCUCAUCUCAUUCAAAGAUUUUCCAGCCAGUACGACGUUUUAGGGUUUGAUGCAACCUUUACUCUCGAUCCCCGAGAGCUCGCUCGGGUAAUACACUUUCUAAUCUCGGUGCCGAUACUCCUUAACGCCGAUAAAACAAUCGACACUUCCUAUAUCCAAAGCGCCUUAAUUCAUAUCAAGAAAUACGCCCGGGCGGGCUCAACCGUAGUAAUCGAGAGCUCCGUCGCUAUAGGAAUGACAAGACAGCUUCUCGGCCCCCUAGCCAGGGAAAGGGGCUUUUUCGCGGGCAUGUCUCCAGAGAGAAUCCUGUCUGGGCUGGACGGUGUUAUCCCGGGAUCGCUUGACGCCAUCGCCAAGCUCUACUCGCGGGUAUUCGACACAAUCGUUCCCGUAUCCACUCCGGAGACAGCUAAGAUGACCAAAUUGUAUGAGAACUGUCAGAGGAUGAUUUACAUCGCAUACGCCAACGAAAUGGCGGAUGCGUACGUCGGCCACGGCAUCGACCCAUACGAGGUGUACGAAGCAGCUUCCACAAAGCCAUUCGGCUAUACGCCGUAUACGCCUAGCCUUGGAGUCGGCGGAUACUGCAUUCCAGUCAACCCGUACUAUCUCAUGACUAACAGCUCGUUUCCCUUGCUGAAACACGCGGCGGGGGCGGUGCGGCAGGGGCCGGAGAGGAUCGGACACAGAAUCAUCGACACCAUCUUCCAGAAGACAUCGGAGGCGGCGAAUGGCCAAGACCAGCCUGCCCUGUCUCCCCUCGGCGGCGAGCUUUUACACAUUAAUAGGCCCAUAGCAGAUCACGUCGAGUCUGUCCAGGAACCGGGGCUGACAUCAUUGCCGGACAUCGCUUUACCCGGGCACGAUUCGGGACCGGACAGCAGCGAACGCCCCUGGGUAUUGGUGGUCGGCGUCGGCUUCAAGGCUGGCCAGUCCUGCGUGAGCAAUUCGCCCGGCCUGAUGCUCAUCCAGACACUUGCGGAUUCGGGUCGAGUGGACGCCAUGUUUGCCGACCCGCUGGUAGAGCAAUCAGCUAUCCCACACAUCCACCGUCUAGGCGACAACGAUUGGAACAAGGAAGUGCUCGAAGGCUUCGAUAAGAUCAUCGUCGUGUUCCGACAAACGGGGCUCGACUUCGAGGUGCUCAAGCAGAUAGAUAGCGCCAAGGUCGACAUGUGGUGUCCCUGGGCGCUUUAA